UCCGAGCGUCAUACGUCCUCGAGCUCUGUGUGCCCCUCGAAUCGAGCUGCCAUCUCUGAUCUUGCGUCGUGAACAGCCAUCCUGUCCGUGCGGCAGCCCUGGCACAGCAUACACCACUUCUACAUCGGAAUGCCUGGGGUCCGACCGGUCUGGAUUCGCGCUCUUAUACUGGCCAUGCCGACCAUGUAGCUCGUCCUUCGCAAAGACGUGCAUGAAGAUCAUUGGUAGUAAGCUCCGCCGUCGGCUGUCCUCGAUCCACCCACCGACAGAGCAAAAGAAGAAGGCCCUCCUUAUUGGAAUUAAGUAUGACACCUCUGGCUCGCCGGUGAGCCAGGAGUUCGGGCAGUUGGACGAGCCCCACAAGGACGUUACGUCCGUACGGGACCUGCUUAUAGAUGUGUACGAGUACGCGCCGGAGAACGUUGUGGUGCUGAUCGACGGGGAGGGGCGCGAUCGAAAGGUGCAGCCCACCAAGGUCAAUAUGACCAGAGAGAUUCACCGACUCGUCCAGGACGUGAACCCUGGAGACCACCUGGUGUUCCUCUUCGCCGGGCACUCGACUCAGUUUACCUGCUCGGAUCGCACAGAGGAUGACGACAAGGACGAGGCCAUCGUGCCUAUGGAUCACAGCGGCAACUCGAAAAAGUCUAAGCUUAUCUUAGACAACUGGCUCAGAAAACACCUCAUCGACCCGCUGAAGCCCGGCGUCCAGCUAAUCGCGAUCUUGGAUGCGUGCCAUUCCGGUACGCUACUCGAUCUAGAUCACAAUGAAUGCAACCGGGUGGCUAUCCCGUGGGUCAACCCUGGCCUUCGCUUGAACGACACGAUGCACGAGAGAGUCGUCCGCAGGGAUGACACGAUGAUUCACUCAACUUCCGUCGUCCGCUUCUCCCCCGCUCCCUCGCGAUCGGCCUCCCUCGACGCCAUCCUCGCCCGGAUGGCGCAGCAGCAGCCGAAGCUCUCCCGCUCACCGACCUUCACCUUCUUCCGUUCGCGCACGGCGUCGUCGGCGGAGCUCGGCCGCGGGAGGCUCGCGAGGCCCCUGCGGGUAGUGAAGCUGCCGGUGAACGCCCUGAAGGAGGUGCUUCGGAUCAGCAUCCCGAGGUGCAAGUCGCCGGAGUCGACGAGGAAGUGCGACGGGCUGUGUGAGGUGAAGGAGAAGCCGGGUGUGCCUUACGUCAUCUCGUUUGCGUCGUGCAGUGACGAGCAGGUGACGUGGGAGAACAAGCGGGUCGGGUCGAUGACGCAGUGCAUUGUCCAGGUGCUGCGCAAAGAGCCCCGCCCCAAGCUCCAGAGGCUCAUCGAGUCGGUCUCAUACGCGCGCCACAGUGCCUCGCGCCUGAUGCACGACGCGGAGAGGCGCAGGAGGGUGAUGGCUAAGAAGAACCCGCAGAACGCGGGGGCGCCACUCGAGGCCGUGAACUUCCAGACGGUGCAGAUCGGUAGCCAGCAGAAAUUGAAUUUGGACGCGCCCUUCGAGUUCUGAGCUCGGAGGGAGAUACCCUUGCCUAUGAUGCAUGAACGAUAAGAACGAUGCCCGCAACGACAAUUCACAGAAUCAUGGACUCUGGACUGGUCAUGUAAUGCUUUCUUGCAACUGUUACUCUACCGCCUCGCAUUGCUGUCGCACCAGAUACCUCUGUAUUUCUAGUUUCUUCUCUGCUCUGCUCAAUGCUUUCCGUCACAUACAUAGCUCAAUUUAGGCUUGUUGGUUACCACGCUUUACUAGCCUGCGAACCAUGUGAUUCUACACCUGAGAUAGCACAGCUCGUCCGAGGAGUCAAGGCGAGGCGAUGUUUACACCAA